AUGGAAGGAGCAAAAAAAGGCACCGUUACAGACACAAGAAUAGAGAAAGACUCGUCGUUGCCAAACGACGAGGCAGUAACAGGUGUCGUUUUAUUCGGGAAAUACAAGCUGCUUAAGUUACUAGGCGUUGGCGCGUCCGCAAAGGUGUACCACGCGCGGAACGUCAACACUUCGCAGAGCGUGGCGGUGAAGGCCGUUAGCAAGCGCAAGGUAGAGAAAAACGGUUAUGCGGCCCACGUCGAGCGCGAGGUUGCUAUCAUGCGCAGGCUGCGCCACCCGCACACCGUGAAGCUCUACGAGGUCCUCGCCACCAAGACGAAGAUAUACUUCGUCAUGGAGUUCGCCGGCGGCGGAGAGCUCUACGACGUAGUCGCCGGCGAGGGACGCCUGACCGAGGAGCUCAGCCGGCGAUACUUCCGGCAACUGAUCGCCGCCGUGAAAUAUUGCCACUCCCGCGGCGUUUACCACCGCGACCUCAAACUGGACAACCUCCUCGUCGACGAAAACAUGAACCUCAAGGUUUCGGAUUUCGGGUUAAGCGCUUUGAAAAGCCAGAUCCCAGUCGAUGGAAUGCUUCACACCGUCUGUGGGACCCCUGCUUACGUGGCACCUGAGAUUCUCGCGAGAAAGGGUUACGAUGGUGCGAAGGUGGAUAUCUGGUCAUGCGGUGUCGUUUUGUUCGUGCUGAGCGCUGGAUAUUUGCCCUUCAAUGAUUACAAUAUUACGGUUUUGUACAGAAAAAUAUACAGAGGACAGUUCAGGUUCCCGAGAUGGAUAUCGCCUGAUCUUCAAAAUCUCGUAUCUAGGUUGUUAGACACGAAUCCCGGGACGAGAAUAUCGUUAGAUGAGAUAAUGCAAGACCAGUGGUUUAAUCGGGGCGGGUAUAAUGACACGUUGACCCGGCCCAAGGAAUUUGAAUGGGAAGAGAACCGGGCUGUGAGUAAAAGUUUGAACGCGUUUCACUUGAUAAGUUUCUCAUCCGGGUUUGACAUGUCGGGUUUGGUUACCGACCCGGAAUAUUUGGAUUCCACGGAGCGGUUUGUUACAAGGGUAGUGCCGGAGAGCGUCACGGUAACGGUGGAGGAAGUGGCGGUGUCGGAAAAAUUAACGGUGAAAAAGGAAGAGAGCGGUUGCGGAGUGAGGAUAGAGGGGUUGGAUGGUAAUUUCGUGAUUGUGGUCGGGGUUUACCGGUUAACGGAUGAGGUGGUUAUUGUUGAGGUGAAGAGAAGGGAAAGAAGAGAGGGAAGUGGGACACGGUUUUGGAAAGAUGCAUUGAGGCCACGGCUUCUUGCAUUGGCUCAAUAA